AAUCUACGAGCUCGUAGUCGGUAGUAGUCGGGUUAACAUUGGUGACUAUUUAUGUGUCUUUAAUUUUGCCGCUAACAGUGUAGUUCUAACUAAAGAUGUGGAUAGUGAUACUUCCGCUAGUUGCUUUGUGUUGCACUGCGUGGUGGGUGAUCACCAACAAAGAUGUACCACCGGCGUAUCCUGGCUACCUGCCUCUGAUAGGGCACGCUCAUCUACUCAUUGGAGACAGUAUAAAUUUAUGGAACCUUGUUAAGAUGAUAAGCUAUAAAAGUUUGAAGGCCGAGGGUGCUGUGUCCUUGUGGAUUGGGCCUAGACGCUUAUACUUUGUGGCUGACCCGAACGACUUUUUGAAAGUUGCUAACACAUGCUUCGAAAAGGACGAAGUCUACGAAUAUGCUAAGCCCUGGAUGGGCAAUGGACUGGUCACUAGUGAUGCAUUAUUAUGGAAAGCCCAUCGGAAAAUGUUGAACCCGGCGUUCAACCCAGCAGUACUGGAUGGGUUCAUGGAAAUGUUCAACAGUCAAGCUCGGCGACUGGUUACGUCUCUGGAGGUAGAGGCAGGUAGAGGACCGUUCGAUCACUGGGCUUACAGUCGAAGAAAUGCUCUGGAAACUAUAUGCUUCGGAGCUUUAGGAAUGGACUUUAGAGACAAAAAAGAACUCUUCGGCGAAUACGCCAGUGCAACGGAAGAGCUUUUUAAUAUCUUUUCGAAAAGGUUCCAGACGAUCUGGUUGCACAGCGACUUCAUGUACAAUAGAUCAAAGUUGAAGAAGAGACAAGACGAGCUGUUACCAAUUGUGCACAAUAUGUCAAACGGUAUUCUAAAAAAGAAGAAAGCAGAUAUCUUGAAUUGUGAUAAUGUGAGAGGCAAGGAAAAAGGAAAAGAAACAAUAUUCAAACCAUUUUUGGAUCUCAUCCUAGAACUGUCAAAGGAAAGAGGAACAUUCAAUGAUGAAGAGAUUCGAGAACACAUCGAUAACAUAAUUAUGGCUGGUUAUGAUGCUUCAGCCAUCGUGGUUACGUAUGCUUUAGUGCUGGUUGGAUCCUACCCUCACAUUCAGGAGAAAGUUUGUGAAGAGUUACACAAAGUUUUUGGAGACGAAGAUAGAGAUGUGACAAAGCAAGAUCUAUCAAAGCUGGUUUACAUAGAUGCUGUAUUCAAAGAAACUAUGCGGUUUUAUCCGGUAGUGCCCGUUGUAGCAAGACAUCUCGACAAAGACAUCAUACUACGAAAUUGCACUCUCUCGAAAGGUAAAACAUGUAUUCUGUCGGUCUAUGGAGUCCAUAGACAUCCCGUGUGGGGUCUAGAUGCAGAAGAAUUUAAGCCCGAGCGUUGGCUGGACCCCGCAACUCUGCCAGAUGUCCCCAACGCGUUCGCAGGGUUCAGCAUGGGAAGGAGGAAUUGCAUAGGUCAAACUUACGCCAGUAUGUCAAUACGGAUUAUUCUGAGCCACAUUUUCCGCAAUUACAAGGUGUUUGGAGACCACACCAAGAUGGUGGCAAGAUUCGACGUUUUGCUGAAGCCUGUAUCGGGGUACCAUGUACAAAUUGAAAAGAAAAAUAAAUAAUUACUUGACGCUGGU